AUGUCGCUCUUACAUUCCCUUUUCGUCCUGACAGCUCAUGUUGUCGGCUUACUCUUGUUUGUGUUGUUUUUAGCCUUCAUUGGCUACUGCGCAUACGUUAAGUAUAUACACUUGAAGACCGACCACAUACCUGGACCGCCGAGGGAAAGGGCCGAGAUUUACGGACCUGCAUACAGAGUCAAUGCACUUCAUUACGUCCUUGUCUUUAUUACAUGUCCAGAGACAGUCAAGGAAAUCCUGAUGUCCCCCAAGUAUCCCAAAGACAUGUUCUUGCACACGCGACUCUUCAGCAUGUUUGGUCAAAGGUUCUUGGGCAAUGGCCUGGUAACAGCAAGGGACCAUGAUCAGUGGUACAAACAACGGCGGAUAAUGGACCCCGCCUUUAGUAGCCUGUACUUGAGGAGUCUGACGGGAACGUUCAACGAGCGAGCCGAGAGUCUGAUGACCAAACUGUCGGACAUUGCCGACAAAAAGACAGAAGCUAACAUGCUGGAGCUGGUCAACAAGGUCACUUUGAGUGUCAUCAUCAAGGUUGCAUUCGGCAUAGAUUUAGAGCUGCUGGAGACCACGGCGUCCCCUUUCCCCGACGCCAUCGAGAUGUGUCUGAAAGGGAUGGUAUACAACAUACGGGACGUCUUUUUUCGGUUUAAUCCCAAAAAUUGGGCCUUUGUGGAGGAAGUUCGCGCCGCCUGCAAACUGCUGCGCUCCACUGGUUCCGAAUGGAUUAACAAUAGGCGGGAGGCCAUUCAGAGUGGCGGUGACGUGCCCAAAGACAUCCUCACGCAGAUCAUAAAAUCGGCGGGAAAAGAGGAAAGCACGACGAAAGAAGAUGAAGAAUUCAUGCUGGACAAUUUUGUGACCUUCUUCAUCGCUGGACAAGAAACGACCGCUAACCAGUUGGCGUUUUGCAUCAUGGAGCUCGCCAGAAAUCCCGAUAUUCUAGAAAAAGCUCAAAAGGAAGUGGACGAAGUCAUCGGGAUGAAGCGAGAAAUCAGCUACGACGAUCUGGGGAAACUCGUUUACCUCUCGCAGAUUCUUAAAGAGACUUUAAGAAUCUACCCGACAGCUCCAGGGACAUCCCGUGAGCUCGUCCAAGACCUCGUCAUUGACGGCAUCCACAUUCCAGCUGGCGUCAUCUGUAUUUUUAGCUCAUACGUGUCCAGCAGAAUGGAAAAGUUCUUCAAGAAUCCACUGGAAUUUAAUCCAGAUCACUUCCACCCAGAUGCUCCCAAGCCUUAUUACACCUACUACCCCUUUUCUCUGGGGCCACGCUCCUGCCUGGGACAGAACUUUGCUCAGAUGGAAGCUAAAGUGGUGAUGGCCAAGUUAAUCCAGAGGUUCAAUUUUGCCUUGACGCCCGGCCAGAGCUGCGAAAUCCGCGACGUGGGCACGCUGCGACCCAAAGGUGGCGUGGUGUGUACGCUCUCACAUAGGAAGCACUCUGGCUUGUAA